CCAUCGAGUCAGGGCUACUUCGAGCUCUUGGCAUUCAGAGUGUUGUUGGCGGCGGCUUCAUUCGGUCCCCCGACUCCCCUCUUCACUCCCUUGUCCUUCUUCUUUCUCCUCCGCUUUUAUAAAAUCCUUUAAUUUUUUUUUUCUUCCUUAGAUCAGAAAUUAGUUACGAUGUCAUCAUCUUCAUUGCUCACAAACACAAGUCUGCGCUCAAGAGAUGUUUCCCUAAGAUUCGGCUUCAAUCCCACACGCCGAACAACCCACCAUAGGGUUGGAAGAUGGAAGUCUCCGGAAGCAGCUGUUAUCCCAAGCAACCAUUUUCCAAUGCGCAGCCUUGAGCCUAAGAACAGUGCAGUAGCAAUUAUUUAUUGUGGAUUAGCUAGUUUGGAUCGGUUCAACUUCUCGCAAAUUGUACAAAGGACAUCAGUGGUUGAUAUAAAAAGUCUCAGAUUAAUCACAGCCAUUAAGACCCCAUACUUGCCCAAUGGUAGAUUUGAUCUUGAAGCCUACGAUUCCCUGAUGCACUUGCAAAUAGUCAAUGGUGCUGAGGGUGUAAUCGUCGGAGGAACAACCGGUGAAGGCCACCUUAUGAGUUGGGAUGAGCACAUCAUGCUCAUUGGCCACACAGUCAAUUGCUUUGGCACAUCAAUCAAAGUCAUUGGCAAUACUGGGAGUAACUCAACUAGAGAAGCAAAGCAUGCAACUGAACAAGGUUUUGCCGUAGGUAUGCACGCAGCAUUGCACAUAAAUCCUUAUUAUGGGAAAACAUCAUUGAAAGGAUUAGUCUCGCAUUUUCAGUCAGUUCUUUCUAUGGGCCCAACCAUAAUCUACAAUGUACCUUCCAGAACUGGACAAGAUAUUCCUCCUUCAGUUAUAGAUGCAAUCUCUGAAAAUUCCAACAUGGCAGGUGUCAAAGAAUGUGUCGGAAACGAAAGGAUUCAAGAGUAUACCAAUAAAGGAAUUGUUAUAUGGAGUGGUAACGAUGAUGAGUGUCAUGAUAGUAGAUGGAUGUAUGGGGCUACUGGAGUUGUAUCAGUUACUAGCAAUCUUGUUCCUGGUUUGAUGUGUGAGCUUAUGUUUCAGGGCAUGAACCCAUUAUUGAAUUCGAAAUUGAUGCCAUUGUUUAAGUGGUUGUUUCAGGAGCCAAACCCGAUAGGCUUGAAUACUGCGCUUGCUCAGCUUGGGGUGAUUAGGCCUGUUUUCAGGUUGCCUUAUCAACCUCUGCCUUUUGCAAAAAGGGUUGAAUUUGUGAAGAUAGUUGAGAGUAUUGGGAGAGAGUAUUUUGUGGGAGAAAAAGAUGUACAAGUUCUUCAUGAUGAAGAGUUUCUGUUGGUUGAUGGGUAAGUUUGGUAUAUGUUAUGUUAGAUUACCAUUUAGGAACGGUUCUAUCAGAGUUUCUGUCUUUUGGUGUAAUGGUUGUAGUGUCUAUUAAAAUCUCACUUUAUUCUGAGAUUGUAAGAACCCUUUAUUUGUAUUUGGUUUUUACCUGAAGUAUACUCUGCUUCAUUUUAAUCUCCUUUGAUUAUAUC